AUGCAACAUAUGUCGUCGCCUCGUUCACAACUAUUCAAUUCAAUUCAAAUCAUAUCAUCAUCAAUCAUGUCACUCAAUCAAACAUUGAUAAAAAGAUUAACAUUACUUAAAUAUCAGAAACCACAAUAUGUAAACAUUGCAGAGCGUGAAGAGUUUAUAGACCUUGUAAAGUUCCUCUUAGGAAAAUAUGGAGAUGAUCAACACAGUAAACAAGUCGUUCAAGAUACUUCAGAUCAAUGGGAAGAGUUAUUGAUAAAGUAUUUAAAGAAUAUAAAGUCACCACUUACAAUAGUUGAUACACAACAACUAAACGAUGAAAAAGAAAAAGAAAAGGUUUUAGAUUGGUUGACAAUGAUUUCUGUUAAAGUAUUUUAUAAAUCUAAUGCCGAUCAAAUACAUGAAACUAAAUAUAAAUGUUUACAAAAAAUGAAAUUAAAGAAUUUCGAUUGUUCACAAGAAGAUUUAAAAGAAUCUAUAACAAAAUUGGCAACAUUAUUUAAUAUUCCAAGUGGUGGUGAUUUGACACAACUUUUACAUUCCAUCAUUAGAAUUGCAGAAAGAAAGUUUGUUGGUUUACCAGAAUUAAAAGACGAUAAAAAUAUUGAACAAGACAAUACCGAUAAUAAUAAUAAUAAUAAUACAACCAGUACGACUAGUACAACUAGUACAGCAAAACCCAAUCCAAUUCCAGCGAUUACUGUUGUAACUUCAAAGGGUGGUAAAGUGAAUGAUGAAGUUUAUCCAUUGGGUUUUGAUUUACAUAACGAUAAGAUGAAUACCGUUGCAACCAUCCUCCGUUUACUUUAUGUUUCAGAUUUAAAAGAAGUUCAAAAUAAGAUUAAUGAAGUUUUAGCUUUGGUACAAACUUAUACAGCAGAUCCACAAACAAACUUUAAACUUGGUGUUGUUGGAAGAUAA